AUGUUUGAUAGCGAGAUGCUACCGCGACGCGCUGCCCAUGCUGCUGGGAGUCGGCUGUGGUUCUACAAGCGGUGCCGGGCUUCGUAUCGUGAGCCCACAGAAGGUGAGAGCAGCAGCGUGGCAGUGACGGGUGGGGCGUCGCCUGGAGCACAGAAGGAGCGACGCGUCACGGUCGGCGCUGGGGCAGGUGCGAUGGGUGAUGAUGAUCGUCUGGGGAGGCAGGAAGCAAGUCGCGACGGAGCGCGCGGUCGAGGCGAUGGAGGCGCUGCUAGGUUUGACGAGCUUCCAGGGCACUUGCAGCGCUGUGUGCAGUUGGGAGUGGGCUCGAGGCGUCGGGCGCUGGUCGUGUGUGGUAGAUUGGGGCUCUCGCUGCAAGAUGCGCGCAGAUGCGAUUCCCCGCAAUUGGCUGUUCGAGGUUUGCUGGAAGUUGCAGCCCACGCAGCUGCCUCGGUCCCUGUCGACCGCCGCAAUAGCCCACUUCAGCCACUUCAGGCCUCUUCGCCUCUCGUCUGCCACCGGAUCGUCGCCAAUACGCGGUGGGUCUUGUAUAUCAUUGCAGAUUGA